AUGUCUUGGAGACAAGCGGAGCUCCCGAUCGCGCUCAAGAUCCCAGUGGUCCUCAGAGGGCAUCUUCCUGGGGCCAUGUCCGCUAAACGGGAAAAUCCAGCAGAUUUUGUUAUUGCUCAACGAUGGGCCUCCUGCAGCUCGUACUCGUUGUCUGGAAAAACGCAGCUUGCCUGUCCCCGCGACUACAAACCUGUCUGUGGGACCAACAGCGUGACCUACCCCAACGAAUGCUCCCUCUGCAAAGAAAUCUUGAUGACCAUCAACAAGAAGCACGAUGGAAGAUGUGUUAAGCUCGACUGUACUGGCUACCUGAGAUCAAGCAGUGGCCGUACGACCCCCUGCACCCUGGAGUACAGGCCUAUCUGCGGCACCAACGGGGUUACCUACAGAAACAAAUGCAACUUCUGCAAUGCCGUGGCGAAUGGACUGGACAUAAACCUGCGUAAUGUUGGAGAAUGCUUCCAGGUGCAGCAGAUCGACUGCAGCGGACACAAGGAUGGCAAUGCCGUGUGCACCGCCCAGUAUGACCCCGUUUGCGGCUCUGAUGGCAAAACUUACGGAAACCCGUGCGAGUUCUGCAACGCAGUUGUGCGGAGCAGGGGAACUCUGUUCCUCAGACACCGUGGGCAGGGGUAA